AUGCGGGAGCACGGAUGGAGCAUGGGAAGGAAGCAGAGGAAGAACAUCUCAGGUCCGGUAAGCAAAGCUAGCUCAAUCGCAGGCUGUGAGAAGAUCACGCGCACCAACUGCAGAGGAAUUACAAGUAAGCACGCUGAUAUUAGUUGACAUUCUGACUACGCAGGCAAGCCACACCUCUCCUCGUUUUACGGAUUUGAUCUUGGUUUGCAAAUGGAUUACCAAGGGGGCAAUGUUAGGGAUUUUCUUCAUGCUAAUGGACAUGUGGUGCUUGAAAGAGUGGAUAACAACUAUAAUCUAAGAUCUUUCACUCAAGAAGAGAUAGAAGACAUCACCAGUGGGUAUAGCACCGUGUUGGGAGAAGGGGGAUUUGGUACGGUAUACAAAGGAAAGUUAGAUGAUCUUCAUCCAGUCGAAGUAAAGAGAUACAAAAAUGGAACCAAGAAAGAAGAGUUUGCCAAAGAGGUUAUAGUGCAUUCCCAGAUAAAUCACAAGAAUGCUGUCAGACUAUUUGGUUGCUGCACGGAGGUAAAUGCUCUUACGAUUGUUAUGGAGUUUGUAUGCAAUGGCAACCUCUACAACAUCCUUCACCGCAGCAGCAGCAAUGCUAAUGGUACUGCCCCCUUCCCUUUGGACAAACGUUUGGACAUCGCCAUUGAGUCAGCUGAAGUAUUAUCAUGCAUGCACUCAAUGUAUAGUCCUGUUCUUCAUGGAGACAUCAAACCCGCUAAUAUACUGCUAGAUGAAAAUCUUCGGCCAAAGAUAUCAGAUUUUGGGAUAGCAAGAUUGCUUGCUGCUGACGAGACUCAGCAUACCAGAUAUGUCAUUGGUUGCAUAGGUUACAUAGACCCUUUGUUCUGUCAGAGUGGGAUUCUAACUCCCAAGAGUGAUGUAUACAGUUUUGGAGUUGUUCUGCUUGAAAUCAUCACCCGAAAGAAAGCUGUGGAUGGUAAAAUCAUCCUUGCUCAAAGUUUUGCCGAAGCCCUGAGAAAAGGGAAAAAGGUGAGGCAAAUGUUUGAUCAGGAAAUAGCGGAUGAUAAAAAGAAUAUGAAAUUUCUUGAAGAUGUCGCAAAACUAGCAGCUGAAUGCUUGCAAAUGGAGGACAAAAUGCGUCCAGAAAUGGUUGAAGUAGCAGACAGACUUAGGACAAUUAAGAAAGCUUAUCACCAGCGUAAGGGCAGGAAUCCUACAGGUAGCAGCUCUGGACUUGCUAAAAGUGGAAAGGCAGAGGAUAUGCUUUCCCCUACACCUAUUACCACUGCUACUAUCAACAACACUGGCAAAAUUCCACCAACUGUGCUUUCCCCUACACCUAUUUCCAUAGAUGAACUGAAGGAAAUAACCAAAAAAUUUAGCAAUGAUGCUCUAAUAGGAGAGGGCUUCGACGGUGAAGUUUUUUUCGGAGUGCUGAAAGAUGGACAUAAAUCCGCGAUCAAGAAGCUUAGGCCUAUUAAAGAAAUUAUUUUUGAGGUUCCAGUGGUCUCAAGAUUCAAACAUGAGAAUAUUAUCCAGCUUCUCGGAUACUGUGUUGAAGGAGACAACCGUUUUCUUGCGUACGAGUAUGCAUCCAGGGGAUCCUUGCACGAUAUUCUUUAUGGUAAAAGGAAUGUUAGGGGAGCCGAACCAGGACUGGUUCUAUCAUGGGCGCAACGCGUGAAGAUUGCCCUGGAUGCUGCAACUGGGCUUGAGUUCCUCCAUGAGAAAGCACAGCCUUGCGUUAUACACUGCAUCAAGUCCAGCAACAUAUUUCUCUUUGACAGCGACGUUGCAAAAAUUGGUUCUCCUGUUGUUUCCAGACAGGCACCUGACUACAUAGAUAAUACUAUUCUUGUGGAUGGUGUUUAUUAUCCUUGCAGUUCCGGUUAUGAUGCUUAUGGGUAUGUAACGCAGAGACAAUAUUAUACAAAGAGUGAUGAUGUCUACCGCUUCGGGGUCGUGCUGCUGGAACUUUUAACUGGUCGAAAGGCAGUUGAUCGUACACUACUACCCCGUGACCAAUACCUUGUGGAAUGGUUUGAAAGAAUGCUUAAUGAAUGCAAGGUGCAGCAAUACGUGGAUCAGAGGCUUGGAGGAGAUUACCCUCCGAAGGCUGUCGCCGAGAUAGCUGCAAUCGCGACGCUCUGUACACAGAACAACAAGGACUACCGGCCACAAAUUAGCUUCGUCGUCAAGGUUCUGAGGAAUCUUUCCUCCGGUGCUGGGGCAUCGGGAGUGGCACUGAAAUAG